AUGCAGAUUUAUUAUCUCCUUUCUCUGUUUCUUCAUAACAUUUUCCUUCUUUUCUUUUUUUUUCUUACCUUAUUGAAUCCUUUCUUUCUUUCCUUCAUUCCUUCCUCCUUGCACUCUUUUUGCUACCACCAUACAUCUGCCAAAUUUCUUCCAGUUUUUUUCUUAUUAUUUUUCAACUUCCAUCCUUCUCAACUUCCUCUCUUUAUCCAGAUCUAUUAUUGUUUAAUUUAUCUUUUUUGCUUUCGAUUUCUUUCUCUAAUGAAUCCAAUGUUUUUUUUUCUCCCCCCCCCAUUUCUUUCUUUUACUUUCUUCAUUCAUUCUUUCUUUUUUUCCCGCCUUGUUUUUCUUUUACUUUUUCUUUUGGUUUUAUUCAUUUUUUUUUUAUCCUUCUUCCUUUCACUUUCUUUUUUUCAUUCCUCUUCUCGUUUCACAUUUCACAUUUUCUUUCUUUCUUUCUUUCUUUCUUUCUUUCUUUCUUUCUUUCUCCACCCUCUCUCUCACUUUCUUUAUUUUGAAUACGCAAUUCUUUCUUUACUAUUUCUUCCUACUUUUUCCCACCUUUCUUUCUUUUUUAUACCUCUCCCAUCUUCCCUUGAUUUUCCUUCCAUCCUUUUCUUAAUUCUCUUAAGGUCGUCUUUCUUUUUUUUCUUUUUAAAAUUCCUAAAAGGUGUUUAUUUCCAUGCGUUAAAUUCUUUCCAAUAUUCCUUCCGUUUCUUUUCAUUCGUUCUUGAUUCUUUACUUCCUACAUUUGAAAAAGAAAAAGACAUGUUAAAACUCCCCUUCCAUCCUCAGCUGGAUCGCAUUUCAAUCGUAGCUGCCAUCCACUUAACAAUUGCUGCUCCCGGCCGCCUGCCAAUGAUUAUAAGUUGUCUUUGCUUGCAAAGUAAACCUGUAAUUUAG